GAACUUUUGUUCACAGCAUCUUUCUUGGACACUGUAAUCACACCAAGUUCAUUGCCCUCUACCAUGAGCUGACUUUGACUUCAAGACAUCCCUUGAUGCAGAAGCUUGAAAUGGGCUUGCGCAUUGAGAUUUGCUCUCUUGAAUGACUUCCAUCACCAUGAAAACAUACUCAGGUCAGCCUGGUUGAGUGACACAUGGAGCAGAGUUGUCUGGUCAUAAUAGCUGAGGCCGGUCUAGAUCAGCAGAAUGGAUAGCGAAUCAGCUCAGAUGUCAAAAAGGUGAACCAUGCCUAUGAAGGCCAGCAAGAUUGAACCUCAGAUCCAGACAAGAAAACAAAAAAAGCAUACUCCAUGGAUUUUAUACAUCUUCAACCACAAAUGCUUUGUUACUACCAUUAUUGGCUGCUACAGCUGCCACUGGAAAAUCAAACAGGAGAAAAAACUUAAACGUGGACAGUGCUGCUCUUUGAGAGAACGAUUAUUUUACCCAUGUCUGAUCAUUUCAUUUUGCAUGUCUGUGCUUUUGGUGUACGUGUGGGUAGAAUCAUCAAAUGAAUACAAUGGCUUUGACUGGGUCAUUUUUAUAGGUACAGGACUCUGGUUCUUCUGGUCCAUUGUCUUACUGAGUUUCCUUGGGAUCCUGGCUGCCUACACAUCAUUGCUGUUGGUACUUGGGUUUUUGUUGCUUUGGGAGGGGAUUGAAUUGUACCUGCAUUGGUGUCAUAAGAUCCUGAUUCUGCUAGUGAUUAUGAUGUGCUCGUUUUUUUUCUGGAGUCUGUUCACUUACUGGAGAGAUAGGUGGCUCACCGUCGGGCUGUCACUGCAGGUCUUUGCUCCCUACAUACACCUGAGCAGCAUAGCUAUGAUGGUUAUUCUUUCAUGGCCUUUGGCUUUCUACUUGAUCCGUUUGGAAGGAGAAGCUAGAUUCAGAAGAUACCAGAUGACAUGUAAUGAGAGAAAAAGAAACAGAUGUAAUGUGCUCACAAAGUUGAGAGCUCUACAAGUGGCUAUUGGAUUGCCCUUUUUUCUUAUCCUUUUGUGUCUCUAUUUGCUUCCAUUGGGGAAUUUUUCUCCCUGCGUUCAGGAGAAGGAUAAAUUGGCACCCAAGCCGGACUUGUUUGGACAUAGAGGUGCACCCAUGCUGGGGCCUGAGAAUACCAUAAUGGCCUUUGAGAAAGCUGUUGAACAUGGGGCCUGUGGACUGGAGAGUGAUGUACAUAUAAGUUAUGAUCGUGUGCCUUUUCUCAUGCAUGACUCUGACCUGAGAAGAACAACCAAUAUCAAGGAGGUCCUGCCAAAUGCCUCCUUGACACACCCUUCCUUAUUUGAUUGGGAUUUCCUGUCGACUCUGAAUGCAGGCAAAUGGUUUUCACAAGCUCUGAUCAAACCAUUUUUUGGUAUGAAACCCUUAUCAGAGGCUGAUAGGGAAAGAGCAGGAAAUCAGAAGAUUCCAAAGCUAACUGAAUUAUUGGAACUUGCACAGAAGGAAAAGAAGUUUGUGAUCUUUGAUCUUAAUGGCCCUGCACCGAAUCAUUCUCUCCGAGCUUUGUAUGUCCGCCAUGUAGUAAGCAUAAUCCUUGACUCUCAGAUUGAGCAACGUCUGAUUUUUUGGUUGCCAGCUUUUGAAAGGGAGUAUGUCAAGAAAAAAGCUCCUGGUUUUCAGCAAGUGGGCCGGUUAUUCUCUGUUGAACGCCUCACAAAAGAAAAUAUCACUAGAGUAAAUGUUGACUAUAAGAACUUGUUCUAUAAUGGGAUGAGAGAAUAUAGAGCAGCUAACAUCAGCAUCAACUUAUACCUUGUCAAUGAACCUUGGCUCUUCUCACUGGCCUGGUGCUCCAGGAUUCCCUCCGUGACCACAGACAACAUUCAGGUCCUGAAUGAGAUGACUCAACCUUCCUACUUCAUGACACCAAAGUACUAUUUGAUUGUGUGGAUUCUCAUGGAUAUUCUUUCUGCAAUUUUCAUUGUUGCCAUACUUUAUUUUCAUUGGUGGAAAGAGAGCAAAAAAGAAAAAUUACUCAACAGCACCAGCAUUCACACAGAAUCUGUGAGUACAAGCCUCCGAACAGGAGAAAGUCAGAGUCAAGAACCUUCAUGUAUAUCCGUAGAUCCUGUCCCCCGAGUUACAGAAAUUCCUUGGACUUACGCAGACCUCUCCCCAGCUUUAACCAAGAAUGUAAGGAAAUACCCAUACUCUAGCUAUGUUUCAGUAGUCCCCAUGAAGAAAGCCAGCAAAUCAAAGCAAGUCAGCAAAACCAUCAAGACACCAGUGCGUGGCGAGGAUGACAUUAGACAACUGGUCCCCACCUUGAAGGCCUCUGAAUCCAUCCAAGCACCCAUCUCGGAUUCUGCCAGAGAGGCCACCUACCAAUCUUCAUCAGCCAUGAAGGCGACUGGAAUAUUUUCCUCCAUAGACGUCUCUCAUCCUCAGAAACAAACUGAAAGGCCCCCCAAUACUAAAUCUUCUGAGGAAUCCCUUCCUGUUUUCACCACAUCCAGCCCAUCCUCCUCCUCCUAAGCCUGUCUGCAAAGAAUUAACCACAACUUGCUCCCUUCUUCCUCCUCUUUUCUGUACCUUAGGAUGGUGACAGUGGAGAGGGGUCAGGCAAUGAGUGCAGAAGAGCCGUUGAGGCUCUCAGGAAAACCGUUCUGGUCUCGCCUUUCUCUAAAGAGUGCAUAUCAAGGGGACAAACAAGGGGAAAAUAGUUGUAAUCUUGGAGCUGGAGCUGGUUGUUCUCUGGGUAUUAGGUUUUAUCUCAUCUGUAGUGAAUAUCAGCAUGUAAAUAAAGGCA